CGAGCUGAGCGCUGCCGGCGACUGGGCGGCUGGCGGCUGGUUGCUGGCUGCUCUGCUGGGUGGUGUCCAGGGAGCUGCGGAUUUCCCGCUACCUUCCGGUAGGUGCCGGAACAACUGGUUCAACUAGCGAGACCCACCAGCCGGCGCCAUGGGCUGCUUCUUCUCUAAGAGGCGGAAGAUUGAGAAGGAGUUGCGGGCUGCAAGCGAGGAGGAGCGGCCCAAGCAGUACAGCUGGGACCAGCGGGAGAAGGUGACCGAGGAACCGCGAGUUGAUCCAAAAGACUACAUGUUCAGUGGACUGAAGGAUGAAACAGUAGGUCGCUUACCUGGAAAAGUGGCAGGACAACAAUUUCUCAUUCAAGACUGUGAGAACUGCAACAUCUAUAUUUUUGAUCACUCAGCUACCAUUACCAUCGAUGACUGUGUUAACUGCAUAAUUUUUCUGGGACCCGUGAAAGGCAGUGUGUUUUUUCGCAAUUGUAGAGAUUGCAAAUGCACGUUAGCUUGCCAACAAUUCCGUGUGCGAGACUGUAGAAAGCUGGAAGUGUUUCUGUGCUGUGCCACUCAACCCAUUAUUGAAUCUUCCACAAAUAUCAAGUUUGGCUGUUUUCAGUGGUAUUACCCUGAAUUAGCUUUCCAAUUCAAAGAUGCAGGGCUAAGUAUCUUCAAUAAUAUAUGGAGCAACAUUCAUGAUUUUACACCCGUGUCAGGAGAGCUCAACUGGAGCCUUCUUCCAGAAAAUGCUGUGGUUCAAGACUAUGUUCCUCUUCCAACUACUGAAGAACUCAAAACUGUACGCGUUUCCACAGAAGCCAAUAGAAGCAUUGUUCCAAUAUCCCAUGGUCAGAGGCAGAAGACCAGUGAUGAAUCAUGCUUAGUUGUUUUAUUUGCUGGUGAUUAUUCUAUUGCAAAUGCCAGGAAACUAAUUGAUGAGAUGGUUGGUAAAGGCUUUUUCCUAGUUCAGACAAAGGAAGUAUCCAUGAAAGCUGAAGAUGCUCAAAGAGUUUUUCGGGAAAAAGCAUCCGACUUCCUUCCUCUUCUUAACAAAGGUCCUGUGAUUGCCUUGGAGUUUAAUGGAGAUGGUUCUGUAGAAGGAUGUCACCUUAUUGUAAACAAGAUAUUCAAUGGGACGAAGAUGUUUGUAUCAGAAAGGAAGGAGACUGCAUCUGGAGAUGUAGACAGCUUCUACAACUUUGCUGAGAUACGGAUGGGGAUAUGAAACUCAGUGUGGUAUUUAAGCCUUUUCCAACUGUUGUAUAUAGAGCUUUAUAAUAUGCUUAUUUGUAUUAGUAAUUUAGCCCUUGGUAAUUUUUACUAAUGCUAAACUUGUUAAAGGCUAUUUUUAAAUAACUCCUUAAAUACUGUCUCAUUUACUUGUGGGUCAAAAAUAGUUCAUUUAAAUUAAGUACUUUUAAUCAGCUUAUAAAUUAACCCACUUCAAUAAGCUUGCAGUUUUAUUUCUCUUGAUCUAAUACUCUUAAUAGAAAAAUAUAAGUGGCUACCAGUUCAUGAUUUUAAUCCUAAUUUAAAUGUUUAAGUCUCUAAUAAUUUAAACUUUCCAACUUUCCUCAAUGCUCCAUGAUAUUCAUUGAGAAUAUAUUUUGUUGUCUAUUUUCUCUUUUAAUUUAGAGGAAUUCAUUACUAGGUAAUAAUUAAAAUAAAACUAUGCACUUUUUCAGAUAUACGUAUCCAGUUAAAUAAUUGCUACUUAAUUGCAUUACAAUAAUAACUAAUGUGAUUUUGUACAUGGAGUCGACAUAAUAUUUUGUAUAGUCUUUAAAUACAACUGCUAGAUGACUUUUCUGCUUCCUGGUUAAGAAAAGGUAUAUGCAACACUAAAACUGUAGAACACCAGUCACCAGCAGAUUUGUCAAAGGUGAUUAACUGAUCAGCUCUUCAAGAGAAUUAGAGCAAAACCUUAUGACUUUUUAGGUAAGGAAUACUUAGGUUAUUCAAAAUUUUGAUACUUUUUUUUAAUCAUGACAAGUAAUGUUCAAGUAUAAUAAAAUUUUGGUUGCUUGAAAGUAUUACUUCUCAAAUCCACGUGAUCAUAGUAAUUUUCCAGGAAGCAGGAAGGUUGUUCAAAAAUCUAUAUUGUUGGACCUAGUCUUCAGAUGCACAGAUUCAGACUUCAGGGGAUACUGUUUUAAGGGGUGUGUUGUGAUCUAAAUGAAUCACUUCUGAAGGAGUUGAUUAUUGAUCUUGUAAGAAGGCUCUGAUACUUCUGUCUAUAUCACAUGUACCAGCUAAUAGGAAAACAGUUUUCAUAGGCCGAUUUUUUUAAAGGAAUCUGAAAUUCUAUUUUGAUAAAACGGAGAUUGAAACUGGCCACUUGUAAAAAUUCCUUUUAUGAUGGUUAACUAAAAAAUGUAUUUUCAUGUUUAAAUGAUUUUAGAUAUUUUCAGGCUAACUUAUAACUGCUACAUUGACUUGUAUGUUAAUGUGUAGAAAUAAUACAUUCAGAGACUUUUUAAAUUUAAAUUACCAAUAUUGAGCACCUAUACUGUGCCUGGCCAUGUGCUGACCAUUAGCAUUUCAGCAUUUUUUUAUAAGAGCAUUAUGUUCUAUAAAAUCAGUAUGAUAUAUAAGGUGUGAAUAAGAACUACUGGCAGGUAUAAUGUAAUUUUGAUCAUAAUUUACAAGUGACUUUUGCAAAUAGUGGUCAGAGGCAAUAACUUUUCCCUCAGCUAAGCUAAAGUAAAUGUUCUUUUCUAUCUUGAUUAUAUUAUUAAAUAUCAUCAUGCACAUUUAAAAUAACCACAGUACUUUGAAAAAACUAAAAUGCAAUGCUGUUAUACAAAGGUAUACAUUGAGUUCUUUAUCUUAUCUA